AGCCCUCGAUCCCUCUCAAUCUCAAAUCUCAAUACAACCAAGCUUUCUGUAAACCCACGCAAAUGGCGAACCCAAGGAUGGCCAUUCACAUGUGCUACUGCUACCUCACCAUAUUCUUACUCCUUGCAUUACUGGCACCACCGUGCACGCCCGCCAGCGACACCGACGACGGCGGCGGCAGCGCGGGCGUCGACGAAAGUCGCCGCGCGCGCGCCAAUGCCACCGUCGCCGACAUUUUGUCGGCGCACAAUGCGGCGCGGAGGGCGGUCGGGGUGGAGCCCCUGACGUGGAGCCCCGGGAUCGCGGGGUACGCCAAGGACUACGCCCGCUCCCGCCGCGCCGACUGCGCGCCACUGCGCUCGUCGCUGUUCUACUUCGGCGAGAACGUCGUGGUGGGCAAAGGGCGUCGAUGGGACGCCGCGCCGCUGGUGGCGCAGUGGGUGGACGAGGGGCGGUGGUACGACUACGGCAGCAGCUCGUGCGCGGCGCCGGCGGGCUCGUCCGGAUGCGCGCGGUACACGCAGGUCGUGUGGCGGAACACGACGCAGCUCGGGUGCGGUAAGAUCGUGUGCGACUCCGGCGACACGCUGCUCGUCUGCGACUACUUCCCGCCUGGCAACUACGGCACCGGCCGGCCAUACUGAUUGAUUGAUCACGCCGUGCAUGCAAGUUAGCUGCAUCCCACCACGUGUGGUGCGUCGAAGUUAUUAUCCAUCGAUUAUGCAUUUAUUUACUUGUAAUUUCCUAAAUGUAUUGUUCAUAAAUAAAUAAAUUCUCAUUUUCAUCGUUGA